AUUUUUAUCGCAGAUGUAUGUUAUUAGAAGUUGGGAUCACACAUCACGAAACCCUUUCCCAUUUACUUGUGGCCGAGGAAGUAACAAACAGUUCUGAGAAUUUUCCACUCCGAGGCUGCUACUCAAGUAUGAUAGGUGUCAAUGAUGUUAUGCGCUUUGAAGUAAUUCUGCCAAUUACUAUAAUAAUUGUAAUUUUAUCACCCCUUGUGCCAAAUGUGAAACUACGGUACUACACAUGUUACCUCUGUUACAUAUUAAUGUUUUCACUGGCAUCUAUAUUAUCGUCACCAAUCAUUCUCAUGAGGCCUAGGAAUGUUGAUAAUAUAAGGAUAAUUGGAACUGCAUUGAAGCAUUUUUCUAAAGUUAUAGGCAUAAAAUGGGAAUUAAGAAAUGGAAAAGUUUUGAGGAAGAAUCAAAUAGCAGUUAUCAUUGCUAAUCACCAAAGUAUGCUUGACACAAUGGGUAUGUUUGAUAUUUUGGACGAUAUGGGUAAAUUCACUGUAAUAUUGAAAAAGGAAUUACUUUAUGCUAUUCCAUUCGGACCGAUGGCCUGGCUUACAGGACUGGUCUUCGUUGACAGAAAUAAUAGGACAGUGGCUAGAAACAAUAUGAAUACUGCAGCCAAUGUGAUGAAAAAACAAAAGACUAAGCUAUGGAUCUACCCCGAGGGUACAAGAAAUAAAGAAGCCAAAGACAUCCUACCGUUUAAAAGUGGUGGAUUCAGAAUAGCAAUCGAAUUAGGAGUUCCUAUUAUACCUAUUGUGUUUUCUCCAUACUAUUUCAUAGAUUCAAAAAAUAAAAUAUUUUCAAAAGGAAAAAUUAUAAUAUCAGUACUGGAACCUAUCUCAACAGAAGGAUUAACGAGUAAUGAUAUACAAGCUGUUAAGGAACAUGUACACAAACUUAUAUCUGAUGAAUUUCAGAAACUUAAAAAGGAAACCACUGUCACAGUGCAACAAUAUAAUUUAAUUAAUGGGGAUUGCAAAUAAUUUAUCACAGACAGUAGCAUUUAAAAAAAAAAAUUAUUGAUAUUUAUAACUGUACACACAAUACAAGAAAAAUUCUCUGUCACAUUAAUGUGGAUUGUGGGUAAACUGCUCAAUGGUUGCAUCUCAGCUGCAGUUUUACUUUAAAAAAUCACAGGGCUGUAUUCUUUUCAGGUGGCUGAAAGAUUUAUUGGAAUUAGAUUGGGAAGUGUAGUUGGAAACCAGCUUAAUUUAUUGGUUAUGAAGUAAAUUAUCGGAUAAGUAUUUUGGAAAAAAUCUUCAUAACUAAUUUUAUUAGUGUCACAAUUAGCAGCAUUGCGGAAUUGUGAAUGUUGGAAACAAGAGAUGGCUUCAUAGAGCUCGAACUCUCCUCCAAAAAUGUAAAAAAUCAUCUUGAUAAAAUAUUUUAAUAAACAAUUCAGAUUUUUAACCGAGUAAACAAAUAUUUAAUCAAUGAAUUUCUUGUAGAGUUAUUAUUUUCAUUUUUUAUUUUAUUUCAAAUAUUUGUUAAAAUAUCAUUUAAGCUUUGUUGGUUGUUUUGAUGUUUAGGUGCAAAACACCCUAGUCAUUAGCACCCAAUCAACUAAAUAAUACUAUUUUAAAAGUAUUUAGGUGGUAAGUUAAAAUAUAAAACAAGUAAUAAUAAAAUAAAAUAAAUUAAAAGAAAAUUAAUUAAAGAAAAGGUAUGCAUAAAAAAGAUAAAGAAGUCGCAGAGGAUCAUUAGUUUUCAAUUUGUUAAAUAUACUUUAUAAGAUUUUCUUUGGACAGGAAAUUUAUAACUUAGUCAUUUAAAUUAAAUUUCUGCCCAAACUGUGUUAUUUAAUAUUAGUUAUUUUACUUUUCAACUUUCUUUUUAUAUCCAAACGUAUUAUAGCAUGUAACAAAAAGAAUGAUAAAAAACUUCCAGUUGAAAAGCUUAAAAACUUCUCUAUUUCCAUUUUUUGAUAAAUUACUCUAUGCAGAAAGGAUGAUUCUAAUUUCUCUAUGGCUUACAAAAAAAUGUAUUCAAUUCUUUCUUCUGUGGUAAAUAUCUUAUUACUUAUAUAAUCUGGUGUCAACGUAAUAAGUAUGUUAGUUCUAAGUUCAACGCAGAUAAGUGGUUUUGUAUUUUGCUUUUGUAAUUGUGAAUACCUAAAGUUAUAUUUGAUGAGUCAUGAUUUUUUAAUUUUCUCUGUGAGAUUUGGUAUACAUUGCAUUUUGAAAAAAAAAAAUCUGAUUUAUUCUGUAACAAUGGGAGAACAAUUAGGAUGUUGCUAAAUAGAACAAUUGUAAAAAAAAUAUUUAAAAACAUGACAACAUAAUGAAUUAUGGAUUUUACUCAUAUGACUAAUUUUUAGGAACAAAAGGUCAUUUUUCAAAUAUAACAUCAAAUUUAAAAUUAUAAAUUAUUAUUAUGAUAAUAAUAAAAUUAUAUAAAUCUUAAGAUAGAUUAUUAUAGUAAAAUAUAUGUAUGUAAUAAUGAUUGUGUGUUUGGUUGUUGUUUGUGUGUUGGUUGUGUGUUCAGUAAAAAAUAAAUUACAAACAUUAAUUUACAACCUGAACACUCCAACCAAUCUUUCCUUCAAUAAUAGAAUUAAGCAUUAACGCCGAAAACAUACUGUUUGAUUAUGAAUGUGGCUUUCGUAGAGGGAGGGGUAAAACUGACCAGAUCUUUGAAAUGACACAACUCUUUGGGAAAUAUUGGAAAUAUAAAAUAGGUUUAGUCAUACUAUUUAUUGAUCAUUGUUAAGCUUUUGACACUGCCAAUGGAAUAAGUCUGAUUAAUGCAUUACAAGGAUUUCACAUUCCCAACAAAUUAAUUGAAUCAAUUAUAAUAUUUCUGCAAAUUAGUAAAGAAAGAUAAGAUACUCCGAAUUAAUGAAAAGAAGACAAAAUAUAUGAAGGUUGGAGGGCCAGGGCAAAAUACUGAUGUACUAACUAUAGAUGGAUGUAAAUUUGAAAGGGAGAGCAGUUUCAUCUCUCUGUGAGCGUAAUUACGUCAGGGAAAUGAAAUAAGGUGAAUAGAAGGAUUAAGGAAGGCAAUUGAGAAUACCAUGCAAAUAUCAAACUUUUCAGAUCGUCACUGUUAUCACAUCAGACAAUAAUGUGUUUAUAUAAGACCAUUGCAAGAAUAGUUCUUUUUAUGGUGCUGCAACUUAGACCCUCAUCACUUUGAUGAAUAUUAGUCUGAGAAAAGAAGAGUUGGUCGGCAAGGCAGAUGAUGGAUCCAGGACAUAGAAGAGGAUCUCAAGAAGUUAGGUGCAAGACUGUGGAAAAAGAAGACAUAAUAAAUUAUGGAAUGGAAUUAAAUUGUAAGGUAAGGCAAGGCCCUUCCCGGGCUGUAGAGCUGCAGAGUAAGUAAGUAUACUUCUGAAGAUGGAGAGAGCCCCGAAACUUUGAAUAUGUUAUAAGUAAUAAAAAAUUUAUCCCAAGAGGAAGAAAAUUCACACUCUCUUCUCUUAGAUUCAUUAUAUUCAACCAAUAAUAUUGAUAAUUAGAUUUUGAUAAUAUUGAAAAAUUUUAUGUUUUCCUAAUAAUUAAAUUUAGGACUGAUAAUUAAACGUAUCAUAUUGAGAAUAAAUUACAAUGAAUUUUAGAAUCCAUGUAAUCAGCAAAAGUAUACAGUUUCAUUUAUUAGAAAUACUUUCCUUAUCCAACUAUUUUCCUCUACAUCAAGUCCAAAAUCUCAAAAGACUUAUGAAUUGCUUCGUAAGAUUUGUAACUGGAACCCCGAGACGCUCCCGUGUCUCCCACCACUACACUGAGUUAGGGUGGCUCUUCCCCUCCUUAAGAAGACAAUAUUUCCUUGGCACUUUCCUUUAUCAAAUCAUUACCGAUCAUCGUCCUUCUUAUGCCUACAACCUUCUCCAAUUUAAGUCCUCAAUCCAUUCACUCACUACAAGAUCCCGACCCUCUGACCUAAACAUCCCUUCUCAUAGAUCUGCCUCAUUCGAAAAUUCCUUUAUAGCCCGCUCUGUCAACUUUUGGAAUUCCCUCCCGAUCAAAAUUCGACAUGUCCCUUCCCUGUACACAUUCAAAAACCUCCUAUUCCAAUUCCUGUUCCAAAAACAGUCAGAUACCAGCUAAUUAUUAAUAUUAUAUAUGUAUUGUGUAGCAAUCAUAUAAUCAUAACACUUGGUAAGAGAUAGUACAUGCAUUUCCUACUAUCGACGUAGGAAUUUCAAUACAUACAUUUUUUUUUAUUCAAUUAUAAGUAAUUGUUUAUUUAUAUAUAUAUAUAUAUAUAUAUUCAAGUAAAGUUUUUUUUUUUUUUUUUUUUUUUUUUCUAUGAAAUGAACUCAUUGUAUCUCUUUUUCGUUCUUCAUUUCUCAAAGUGUAUGUUUAUGUUGUUCAACCCUUAAAUAUAAUUUUGUUCAUAGUUCAAGUGAUUCGUUCAUAGUUUUAAUUGUUUUGUUCAUAAUUUUAAAUGCUCUGUAUAUAGUUUUAUCUGUAUUGUAUAUAGCUUGUGCACCUAAAAUUUUCUUUACUUUUUAUUUUAUUUUAUCAAUUUUAUUUAUUGUUUCAACGUUCAGGCCAGUAAUAUUCUAUUAUUUUGUACAUUAUUGUUAUUCUGAAGGGACUUAGUCCCAGAAUAAAUUUUUUUUUCUAAAAAAAAAAAAAAAAAAAUUGCUUCAAGAAAAGCAUUUUAUUAAUAUGUUGAAAAGUACCACCAAAAUAUUUGAAUUUAUAUGAUAAACUUAACAAAACCAAUGCCGGUUACUAAGAUGUAACAACAAAAUUAAAAGAAAUAAAAUACUGUUAGUAAGUAAAUAAAUAAACUCUUCACAUUUCCUUGACUGAGUACAAAGCCUUAAGCUAUUGCUAUGAAUGUCACGUAACUAUCAAUAUUUCUGUAUUAGCCCUCAGAAAAUAUAAUACUUCAUUUUUUAGAAUAUACAUGUUUUAUAUAUUUGGAUAUGGAUUUAAUACAUCGACCAAUUAAUUAUUCAAAUGAAAAUUUCAUUCACGAUUCCUCAUAUUUUUGAAAAUAUAUUUAGCUAUUUAUGAAAAUUAACUUACUUUUUUAUCUUAAAAUCUCGUGAAGAAAAGAGAGAGAAAAUUCAUCAUAAUACUUAGUGAAUUAAUUUUAUAAAAUGUUAAUAACUUUUUGAAAUAGAUUCAAAAUAUUUUAAAAUAAAAAUGUACAAUUGAAUCAUUUAUUUCAGAGAUAAAAAAAUUGUCAUUAUAACAAUAAAAUUUUCAUUUGAAUACAUCAAUCAUAGAUGCAUUUUUUUAGUGCAAAAUUAAACAUAUAUUCUAUAACAGAUUCUUUGAAAAAAUUAAUUCAAAGCAUUUUGAGAGAGAGAAAAAAAUUCUUACUCCCCUCAAAAUUUUUAUGUUCUAUGUUUGAAGGUAUGUAAGGUAUGUUCUAAAAAACUGAUAAAAUGGUAUAAAUGAGAUAAAAGUUGAUUGUUAACUUUAUAUAUUUUCUGUAGAUUUUUAUCUUUUAAUAUUUCACUGUUAUGCAGUAAAUUGUGUUCUCAAAAUAAUGAAAAUGUCUCAUGUGUAUAUCUGAAAUAACCGAUUCAAUUAUUUAACUACAGAUUCUUUAAAAAAAUAAUUUAUACUUAUUUAAUAAAGGUAUGUGAGAUUAAUAUUCAUAAGAAGUAUCUAAAAAAAAUUUAUUUUUUUUUAUUUUGGAGCAAGGUUACAUCUAACAUCUUUUGGGUGUAUAAAUUUAUUAUAUAUCAGAGUAGUGUUCAAUCUUAUUCAAAAAUGUAAAAUAUGGUAUUAAUCAUAAGCUGGUGGAUUUUUUCUUUGUAAAAAUUCAAAAUUUUGUUAAAAUUUUUAUAGUAAUUUGUUAGGAAGAAAACAAGCUUCACAAUUUAUUAAAUUAUUAACUAAAAUUUUAUUUUUUUAUAUUGUAUGGUUUUUAUUAUUAGAAUUCCUAUUUCCUGAAAAAAUAUGAUUUGUGGAAAUUCAAAAAUAUAAGCUCAUUCCAUAAAUAAUGAAAACUUUAUAUCUUACAUUUCAAAGUGAAUAAUAAGUAGUGGAAUUCAAAACUAAUCUCAUCUGGAAUUCAAAAUAUAAAUCUCUGAUGUGCUUUAUUGUCAGCUGUUAAUGAAGUCAAAUUUAAAUUGUUUAAAUUUUCAAAGCUUAU